AUGAAGGGCGCGUCCGUCCCCGCGGUUGUGGGCAUGCCUUCGCCGCUCUUUCUUUGGCGGUUUAAGGCUAUAUUGUUUCUCCUAUGGGGUUUAUGCUGUUGUAAGAUAGGGUGGGACUCGGUUAUGAGGAUGAGUGCUGAUCUGCGAGAUUUAUUUCUGUAUGAGGUUUUCUUAUACUAUAAUCCUCUCUUCCUUGUGGCACUUAUGAUUUGGUUAUGGGGAGUGAAUUUGUGGGUCUUUGCACAAUCAUCAGUGAAUUAUGUAAAGGUGUUUGAUCUUGCGCAAACACAUUUAUCACACCGAGAAAUUUGGAGGUGUGCUACUUGGCUUACUUUAAUUGUUCCCACAAGUAUGACAGCUUACCUAUACCUGUACUCACAUGGGGAAGUGUCACUUGCUGCUUCUCAACCAGUUCUGUUGUAUGCUAUCCUUUUGAUAGUCCUCCUUUCUCCGUUUGAUAUGUUUUAUUUAUCAUCGCGCUUUUACUUCCUGAGGACAAUGUUGCGUAUAAUACUUCCAUUGCAAGCAAUUACAUUCCCCGACUUCUUUUUGGCUGAUAUUUUUACAUCCAUGUCAAAGUAUGUUUCGGGAGAAAAUGCUAUCUACGUGAAAAUGCUGUGUGUGCUAUUGGUGUUCUCAGAUUUGGAACGUUCAGUUUGUCGCAUGGUCAAUCGUCAGGUGGCGACAAUCGCUUGGUUUGAAGCUGAUUCAAUUUGUGGUAGCCACUCUAUAGCUAUUCCUCUAGUCCUCGUGCUCCCUUAUUUGUGUCGUUUCUUCCAAUGCCUUCGACAGUACAAGGAUACAAAGGAGAAGAGUUGUCUUCUGAACGCACUCAAGUACUCGACAGCAGUCCCGGUGAUUUUUUUAUCGGCGCUCAAGUAUCAUGUAUUCCCUGACCAGUGGGUUAGCUUUUACCGUCCCCUCUGGCUUAUUUCGGGGGUUAUAAAUUCGCUGUAUUCCUUCUACUGGGAUAUAAAGCGUGAUUGGGAUUUGAGCAUUUUAACCAGGAUUUUCAUGUUCAAAAGCCCAAGCACAUGGACAAGCCUUCUUUAUGGGCGGAACUGGGUGUAUUACUGGGUGUUAGGCAGCAAUCUCAUUCUCCGCUGCACAUGGACAUACAAGCUGUCGGCGCAUCUUCGGCACAACUACCUCACAGUGUUUGCGAUAACAGCUUUGGAAAUGCUGAGGCGGUUUCAGUGGGUUUUCUUCCGCGUGGAGAAUGAGUGGAACAAGAUGACAGCCAAGCAAAAUUUUGAAAUGUCAUCCGAUAUGCCCUCAGAAUCAGACAGGCUACUGGAGUCUAAUAGUCACACAGUAUGA